AUGCUGUUUUGUAGUCGCAUUUUCCAACCCCUCUUUCGCAUAUUUCGUUUUUUUUUCUUCUCCCAGUACAUAAACGGUCUUAGUGAGAAAAUCAACGUGAAAACAACCCUCAUUCGUGCCGCUGGAUUUUAUCAACAACUGCUGGAGGUGAACGACCAACUGCCGGAUGACGUUCGUGUCACCCUGGGCUUCAUUCCGCCUCCGCCGACGGAUAACGUCGGUCAGGAUGCCGGUACUGUUGACCUCGAGGUUCGACCCACCUCCUCCUCUAACUCAGACGUUGAUGCAAUGGUGAUGCAUGACCCCUUCGCACCCGGCGCCGCUCAACCCACCACAUUCAUUCCCACUCAUAAACGGAUCCCCCCAGCCCGGAGGACCCCCUGA